GGAACAGCAAUCACCACCAAGCCCACUGAACUGACAUCGUUCAAUCCGCUCCGUUUCAGCUUCUCUUCAUACUCUCCCAAAAGCCAAAAGCUUUGCCGUUCCCUCUGAUCUUUCGUUUCCUCUGGUCCUUUUCUUUCAUACAUCUUUCCACUGCCUUCUCUCUCUCUCCUCUCUCUCCUCACCGAUUUUCAUAAUAAUGGAAAGCUUUGCUCUCCAAUCUGUCUCCACUACCACUUCCUUUUCCCCUCAUUCUCCCACUUCGCGAACUUCUCUCCUCCAUCGCUCUAAACCCAUUUCCCAUUCCCUCUCCUUUCCUGUUUCCCCUCAUCUUUCUCGCUCAAUUUCGCUAUUUCAAUCGACCCCACCAAUCUCCCAAUCUCCCCUUUUCAGUUCUCGAUCUUCCCUUUUCAAUCCGCUCUUCCAUCCCAAAUUGCGUCGAGCUUUUCCAAUGCGAACCAGUGCCUCUCAGUCGCCGGAUAAUCAGCCAUUGCCGCCGACCCCACCUCCCCGACAAGGUGCUAAACCAAUCCCCUUUCUGAUUUCCAUUGCUAUUGGCCUCAUUGUUCGAUUUGCCGUUCCGAAACCAGCGGAGGUUUCAGCUCAAGCGUGGCAGUUGCUCUCGAUUUUUUUAUCGACUAUUGCUGGACUGGUUUUGAGUCCUUUGCCGGUUGGUGCUUGGGCGUUCCUUGGCUUGACUGUUACUGUUGUUACUAAAACUUUGACGUUCGCUGCUGCUUUUAAUGCUUUCACCAGUGAGGUGAUUUGGUUGAUUGUUAUUUCCUUCUUUUUUGCUCGUGGGUUUGUGAAAACUGGGUUGGGGGAUCGAAUUGCGACGUAUUUUGUUAAAUGGUUGGGGAAGAGUACACUUGGUUUGUCUUAUGGUUUGACGAUUAGCGAGGCUUUGAUUGCUCCUGCUAUGCCGAGCACUACGGCGAGGGCCGGGGGUGUGUUUUUGCCUAUUAUUAAGUCUUUGUCGCUUGCUGCUGAUAGUAAACCGAACCACCCAUCGUCUAAAAAGAUCGGUGCUUACCUUGUUCAAUCUCAGUUCCAGUGUGCUGGUAACUCUAGUGCCCUUUUCCUAACUGCUGCUGCUCAAAACUUGUUGUGCCUUAAAUUGGCUGAGGAACUUGGUGUAAAAAUAUCCAGCCCCUGGAUUACUUGGGCCAAGUUUGCUUCUGUUCCAGCAAUCAUCGGUAUCUUAGUAACUCCGGCAAUCUUAUACAAGCUGUUUCCUCCAGAAACCAAAGACACACCGGAGGCCCCUGCCAUGGCUACAAGAAAAUUGGAGGCUAUGGGUCCUGUCACCAAAAACGAAUGGAUCAUGGUCGGUACCAUGCUUAUUGCAGUCUCGUUAUGGAUUGCUGGAGAGGCCCUUAAAAUACCUAGUGUUGUAGCUGCAAUGAUUGGUUUAUCAAUACUUCUUACAUUGGGAGUCCUAAACUGGGAUGAUUGCUUAUCCGAGAAGUCGGCUUGGGAUACAUUAGCUUGGUUUGCCGUCCUGGUGGGCAUGGCUGGCCAAUUGACAAGUCUUGGUCUCGUGGGCUGGAUGUCAAAUUGUGUGGCCAGUUUGCUGAAGUCUCUUUCUCUCAGCUGGCCUGCAGCAUUUGCUAUUCUUCAGGCAUCUUACUUCUUCGUUCACUACCUCUUCGCUAGCCAAACCGGUCAUGUUGGCGCUUUGUACUCGGCAUUCCUUGCAAUGCACUUGGCUGCCAAGGUACCGGGUGUGUUGGCAGCUCUGGCCUUGGCUUACAACACAAAUCUCUUCGGUGCUCUGACUCAUUACAGCAGUGGUCAAGCUGCUGUAUACUUUGGAGCGGGUUACGUUGAGCUACCAGACGUAUUCAAAAUCGGUUUCGUGAUGGCCCUCAUAAACGGUGUUAUCUGGAUUGUGGUUGGAAGUAUUUGGUGGAAGAUUCUGGGUCUAUAUUGAACAUGAAAUCUUGGAUCCAUGAAGUCUUUUAUUUAUUGUACAUGCCCUGUCUUUGGGCACCACUGAGAGUCCAAUAGCCAAUUUGUUUAUGUCUCCUCUCUCUCUCUCUACUGAUGGUGGCAUUGGUUAGGAUUUAGAUUAAAUUUUGCCUUGUCUAACCAUUUCAAAUAGUGCAAAGGGCAUUUGAUGGUGAAUGAGAUCCAUAAUUUGGUGGAAAGUUGAAGCCAA